AAAUCUUUCUGUUAUUUCUUCACUAUUAUCUGGUGUUGGUUACAGUGAUGCGUAAUAAGAUGCCACCAAAAGCAAAGGCAAGAAAAUAGGAGUCUCCACUUCCCAAAUUGCACCAAAGGGGGUCAAAAUCCGAACGGAAAGGCAAGGAAGAGUUAUUGGAGUUUCUUUCCACUGAAGAAUGUGAAUCCAACAUAAGAACGUGGAAUCUAAAAGUGAUCACUAGAGAAAAAACAUGUCCAAAUUCCUAUAACAACAGCAUUAUAUUUGAGAUAAGAAUAAUCUCUUAAGGAUUAUGAAGUGUUAAGGAACUAAUCAGCCACAGACCCAAAAACCAACCAAAGCUUCCUCCUUUUCUCCAAUGGCAACUUGGGUUUUAUCAGAAUGUGGUUUAAGGCCUCUUCCUCCUGUAUUUCCACGGCCAACAAGGCCUAUUGUGUGCCAAAAGCCUUCAAAGUUUCGAUUUUUUAGCACAAAUAAGGGAGUGGCAGAUCUGAAGGUCCAACCAAGAGGGUUUACAAGUUGCAACUACAGGGAGAGAAGGUGGGAAUUGGGAGUGAGUGCACCACUGAAGGUUGCCACCAGCGAGGGAGAAGAAGAAAGUGUCAAUGGCGUUAGUGGGGUUGGAGAGGAAUUACCUGAAUUUGACCCUAGUGCACCACCACCCUUCAAAUUGGCAGAUAUCAGAGCUGCCAUUCCCAAACACUGCUGGGUGAAGGACCCUUGGAAGUCCAUGAGUUAUGUAGUGAGGGAUGUCAUUGUGGUUUUUGGGUUGGCUGCUGCUGCAGCUUAUCUCAACAACUGGAUAGUUUGGCCUCUCUACUGGGCUGCUCAGGGAACCAUGUUCUGGGCCCUCUUUGUUCUUGGUCAUGAUUGUGGUCACGGAAGCUUUUCAAACAAUCCCAAGCUGAACAGUGUUGCUGGGCACUUGCUGCAUUCAUCAAUUCUAGUUCCAUAUCAUGGAUGGAGAAUCAGUCAUAGAACACAUCACCAAAAUCAUGGCCAUGUUGAAAAUGAUGAAUCCUGGCACCCGUUGCCAGAGAAAAUUUUCAACAGCAUGGACAAUGUAACACGUACUUUAAGAUUUAAAGUACCUUUUCCAUUGCUUGCGUAUCCCAUCUACCUUUGGAAUAGGAGUCCUGGGAAGACUGGUUCUCAUUUUGAUCCAAACAGUGAUUUGUUUGUCCCAAGUGAGAGAAAAGAUGUUAUCACUUCAACAAUUUGUUGGUUAGCUAUGGCUGCCUUGCUUGUAGGUUUGGGAUUUGUGAUGGGCCCAGUUCAAUUGCUUAAGCUUUAUGGCAUUCCCUAUGUGCUUUUUGUUAUGUGGUUGGAUUUGGUCACUUAUUUGCAUCACCAUGGCCACGAAGACAAAUUACCUUGGUAUCGUGGAGAGGAAUGGAGCUACCUUAGGGGUGGCCUUACAACUAUUGAUCGUGACUAUGGAUGGAUUAAUAACAUUCACCAUGACAUUGGAACCCAUGUCAUUCAUCACCUUUUCCCUCAAAUACCACACUAUCACUUAAUAGAAGCAACUGAGGCAGCUAAACCUGUUCUUGGUCAAUAUUACCGGGAGCCAAAGAAGUCCAGCCCUCUUCCAUUUUACCUCAUUGGAGAAUUGCUAACAAGCAUGAAGAAAGACCAUUUUGUCAGUGACACUGGGGAUAUUGUGUACUAUCAAACAGAUCCUACAAUUAGUAACUCAUCCACAUCACAGUGAAACUUCCAUUUUUCCCUCUUGAAGACAGAGAGAGGCCACAUAAUAUCUUGCUGCAUAUGACACAAUUUCUGAACUCUGAAGAUUUUGUCUGAUGAGGGAAUGAAUGAAUGCAUGACUGAUUUGAUUGUGACUGCAUGGUUUUAAGCAUGAUCAGGGUGCAUGUGUUAGGUGUUCUCCUUGAAGAACAAGGAAUCUGUAAAUUGCAAAUUCUUGAUGAAGGGUGUGCUGUCUUCAUCGAUUUAAUUAAUAUUUUUUGCUCAAACUCAAACACCAAUGAUGAAUGAUAAUUGAAUAGAAUUGUAUCAA